CUUGGGGGUGUUCCUGUGGUUGGUUUUGAUUUAUCUACCCCCAAGUACCUACUGUUUGGAGACUUUCUUACUUUCUUCUCUUUCUUCACGAUUUGCGCUGCUCUUGCCAUUCAUUAAAAUUUGCCCUAAGGUGGCUGGAACCACUAAAAGAAGUCAUUCCUUUGAAAACACCACACUCAUUCGACCGAUAAAAUGCGCGUUAAUACUGUGAGCAAAGCGCCCCUGGGUCUCCUGGCCCUAUAUGCUACGUCGGCAUCUGCAUUCUGGCGUAUGAUGUGUCCUAGUCGCCUGGUCCAGCAACGUGCCGACCCUAUCAUGAGCCCCGGCGAGGUGGCUGGACAUGUGCACACCAUCUCGGGAGGAAAUGGCUUCAAAUUCGACAUGAACUACGACGACGCCCGCAGCUCGGACUGCUCGUCGUGCCCCAUCAAACAGGAUCUGUCUAACUACUGGACCCCCAAACUCUACUACCAUGCCGAGAACGGUAGCUUUAUCAGUGUUCCCCAGAUUGGCGACCAGUGGGAGAACACCGGAGGAAUGAACGUUUACUACUUCCAACGCGGCGGUCCUAACCAGGAAGAAAUCAAGGCCUUCCCCAAGGACUUCCGCAUGGUCGCCGGAGACCCGUUCAAGCGCAGCUUCGACGAUGACGCCGCCUCUCAGGCCGUGAGCUUCGUCUGUCUCGACUACAACGCCGAGCCAAAGCCCGAGACCAACGAGUUCCCCAACGAAAACUGCCCCGACGGUCUGCGGGUGCAAGUCUUCUUCCCCAGCUGCUGGGAUGGCGAGAACCUCGACUCGGAUGACCACAAGUCCCACGUCGCCUACCCCGAGGGUUCCUUCAACGACGGCACUUGCCCCGAGAGUCAUCCCGUCCAUCUCGUCUCUAUCUUCUACGAGGUUCUCUGGAACACCGGCGUCUUUGCGGACCAGUGGUACGGUGACUCUCAGCCCUUCGUCCUGGCGAACGGUGACCCCACUGGAUACGGAUUCCAUGGUGAUUUCGUAAGCCCCCCAACCCUUGCCUCCGAUCAUAAUACCGAAAGCUAACACGUAAAAGAUCAACGGCUGGGACGUUGACGUCCUCCAAACCGCCAUCGACAAGUGCCUGAACCUCAGCGGCAACCUGGAAGACUGCGUCGACGAGAACGGCACGCCCGUCUUCGAAUUCUUCUCCGACGAGGAAUGCCAGGCCUGCUCUGUCCCUAACCUCGUCGACGAGGACAUCGACGGAAUCUUCGAGAACCUGCCCGGUUGCAACCCGUUGACUGGUGGACCUGACCGUGCUGAGCCCCAGGAGUGUGAGAUGCCUGCUCUUCUCGAGGCGCCGGCUGAGAAACGCAAGCGCCAGCAGCAUGAGCAUCUUGCUCGCCACCGUCACGGUGCUCACCACAAGGCGUAGAUAAGUUCGUGAAGCGUCUUGAGGUUGGGCGAUUGCGGCUAGGUGGGUUUUGUGACGUUAUAUAUAUUUUUCUAUGAUUGGAGGACAAUUUAUGUGUAUGUGUGUAAUAUAAAGGUUUUUAUUUAUUGCUUCGUCGUAGAGCUUGUAUAUCGGUGGGUGGAAAAACGUGCGUCUUGGUUACGAGACAUCGUUUUCCAUUAAUUAGAACUCUGUAUUUUUCUUGUAAUAGGCGAGAUUUGUGUUGAGCAGGUAUAAUAAAAGCUUUCAAGAACGGAAACUGUGAAGUAUUUCUACCAGUUCAUUG